AUGAUAAAUGUUUAAUUUGCCUAGAAGGUUGGAUUUUAGAUGAAUUUCUAGAAAAUUGUAAUCCAAUUUGUGGUGAUGGAAUCAUUAGAGGUUAAGAAUAAUGUGAGGAUACUAAAGUAAUUUCCAAUUAUUCUUGUUAUUAAUGCAAAAAUUCAUGUACAGAAUUUUGUUAAAUUUGUUAAUUUGGAAUUUGUUUAUAAUGUAUAGAUGGAUUUACAUUGUCUUUAAAUAGAAAAUAUUGCAUGCCUUUAUGUAAUGAUGGUAUCAUUUAACAAUUUGAAACUUGUGAUGAUUAUAAUAACAUUCCAUUUGAUGGAUGUUACAAAUGUUAAUCAAAUUGUGAUUUAAGGUGUUAAUUUUGCAUUGAUUCGAAAUGUUAGCUUUGUGAAAUUGGAUUGGAACUUAUUGAUAAUAAAUGUUAUUCCUAUUGUGGAGAUGGAUUAAUUGCUUAGCAUUCAAUUGAACAAUGUGAUGAUGCAAAUUUAAUUGAAAAUGAUGGAUGUUUUGAUUGCAAACUUGAAUGUAUUCCUUAUUGUCUUUCAUGUUUAAAUAAUGAUAUUUGUUUACCAAUAUGUGGUGAUGGUGUUAUUAUCAAUGGAUUUGAGGAUUGUGAUGAUGGAAAUAAUACACCAUAUGACGGAUGCUAUAAAUGUUAAUUUGAAUGUUCAUAAGGAUGUCUUGAUUGUGAAAAUGGAUAAGGUUGUAAAAUGUGCAAUAAUCAAUAUAUUUUAAAUAAUGAAAAUGGCUCAAUAUUAUGAGAUUAUCCCUUUAGAUGAUUAGAAUAAAGAGAAUAAAUAUAAUAGAGUAUGCAGCCAAAACUUUAUAUUAAUAGAUUAUCAAUGUAUCAAUUAAUGUGGAAAUGGAAUUCUUAAUUUAUAAUAUGAGGAAUGCGAUGACUGA